CUGGAUCCUGCCCUGUGCCACACUGGUCCACGGUGUAGUGGUCGCACUCGCUUCGCGUUAUGAUUCUCAAUGAAUCGACAGUAUCUGCUGGACGAACAGCCGCUGUCCAAGGAUGAAGUCCGCUUCUUGGACGUAUUAUCUGCGCAGACCAGGCGACCAGAUGGCUUCCCUGUCCGUGCGUACUAUCAUUGUCUCAGAACGGCGAAAGAUGCUUACGCCAGCCACAACCCUUGACAAGCAUUCCAGCCCAAUGGUAAGGCGCCCAGCUGGGACCCUUGGACUUUCGGCGCUGGUAGAUAUAUAAAUCCUCAGCAGACACAGUACCUAUUCCCUCUUUCCACCUGGAUUCCUCAGGCUCGCUUGGAUACAGACUCUGGUGCUGCAAGAACUGGUCCUUUUUCUUUCUGUAAUAUCGUUUGCACAGCUCCUCACUUGUUGACAAUAUGAGCGACUACAUAAUCCUGGCUCUCUGCCUUAUUGUGAGCUAUGUGUUUGGAAGCAUAGUCUAUAGUCUGUUCUUCCACCCUCUAUCCAAGGUACCCGGUCCAGUUCUCGCACGCAUUAACCGGCUUCCAUCUUUCUAUCAUGCGUUGAAAGGUGAUCGCCAUGUGUGGAUCUGGCAGAAUUUCCAGUUAUACGGAGAUAAAUUCCGCGCUACGCCGAAUCUGAUCCUGUUUAACAACACGCGCGCCUUUACGGAUAUCUAUGGAGUCCGGGCCAAUACGCGGCGCAGCGCCUUCUACAAAAUGUGGAAGCGCCACGCGAAUGAUGUUCACACUGUAAACUCUGUUGACAAACAAGAGCAUGCCAAAAAGAGGAGGCUUCUGAAUCUCAUCUUCACCGAGCGAAGCGUUAAAGCGGCCAGCCCCAUCAUAGUGGGGCAUAUUGAUCGAUGGAUUCAGCUCUUAGUCGGUGAAGAUGCCAUAGAAGACGGCUGGUCGGAGCCCAGGAACAUGUCGACUUGGAUGGACCAUCUCAUUUUCGACAUUAUGGGAGAUCUGUGUUUUGGACAAACGUUCAACACGAAAGAGCCUGGAGAAAACAGCUUGAAGAAGAUGCCACACCUCAUCCUGAAGCAAAUCUACGUCGGCUACAUUCUCUCCAAAUCUCCCCUUUUCGAACUUUUGAUUUUUCUGCAGCCCCGUGGUUUGAAUAAACUCAUGGAGCGAGCGCGGAGCACCGAAGUGAAACAGUACAACUCCUUCAUCGAAAGCAACGUUGACGACAGGAUCGCAGCCCAUAAAUCCUCCAAGUCUUCUCGACAGGACAUGUUCUAUUUCCUGCUGAAUGCCACGGAUCCUGACACUGGGCUUCCCGCGUACAGUAAGCGCGAUCAUCUGCUCGCUGAAGCCCGCGCUCUCGUACUAGCAGGCACGGACACUACCUCUUUCACUCUGUGCGGAGUGUUGUUCUAUCUGGCGCACAAUCCGCGGGUACUGCACAAAUUGCAGAAAGAGAUCCGAUCAACGUUCGCCUCAAAGGAAGAAAUCGUGCACGGAACUACUUUGAGUAGCUGCAGUUACCUUCGCGCCUGCAUCGAUGAGGCCCUACGCCUCGCCCCGCCUGCACCCGGCGAGCUGCCUCGGGAGGUCUUGAGCGGCGGCGCCAUAAUCGGCGGACAAAUGUACCCGGCCGGAACCGAAGUGGGCUGUGCAGCAUAUGCAAUGGGCCGCCUAGACGACGUCUUCGGUGACUGGAACGUUUACCGACCGGAGAGAUGGACUCCUUCAACGAAUGCAGAUGAUUUCCACACCGAAGCUGACGUCCGGCAGUUGCGAAAGUCUUUUCAUCCAUUCUCGAUUGGUCCGCUCAACUGCGCCGGGCAAAACUUGGCCACGCUGGAGUUACUUCUCGUUAUUGCGAAAACCACGGCUGGGGAGGGUCACCCGGGAUUGGGUUGGGGUCAGAGCAGCCGGAGUGAGUUUGACGGACCAGUGCUGCAGUUCAGAAGUAGGUCGGACCUCCCGGUGUCCACAUGA